UGCAAAGCAAGAAAGGGAGAGGAAAAGAGAUGGGAGAGAGGGACGCAGGAGAAAAAGAUAGAUGUAUUUAAGAAAGUUUCUCUUAAGUUUUGUUUUCUUGUCACCUCCAUCUUUUCUAUCAAACCCCUCAGGAACAUGAAAUCAGGAAACUUCUCAGCUACUACAGAAUUCCUCCUCCUGGGACUGUCAGAGGAUCCACAACUGCAGCUGCUAUUCUGUGUGUUCCUGUCUAUGUACCUGGUCUCUGUGUUCGGGAACCUACUCAUCAUCCUGGCCAUUGUGUACGACUCCCACCUCCACACCCCCAUGUACUUCUUCCUCUCCAACCUGUCUUUUGUUGACAUCUGUCUCACCUCCACUACCAUCCCAAAGAUGCUUGUGAACAUCCAGACACAGAGCAAAUCCAUCAGUUACACAGGCUGCCUCACCCAAAUCUGCUUCAUCCUGACUUUUGCUGGAUUAGAAAAUGGAAUUCUGGUAAUGAUGGCCUUUGAUCGAUUUGUGGCCAUCUGUCACCCAUUGAGGUACAAGGCCAUCAUGAACCCCAAGCUCUGUAGGCUGUUGGUUCUGCUGUCUUUCCUCAUUAGUGUUCUGGAUGCCCUUCUCCACACUUUGAUGGCACUAAGGCUGUCCUUCUGCACAGACCUGGAAAUUCCCCACUUUUUCUGUGAAUUAGCUCAUGUCCUCAAGCUUGCCUGUUCUGAUAUCCUCAUCAAUAACAUCCUUGUGUACUUAGUGACCAGCCUGUUGGGUGUUGUACCUCUCUCUGGGAUAAUUAUCUCUUACACUCAAAUUGUCUCCUCUGUUCUGAAAAUCCCAUCAGCUGGUGGAAAGUAUAAGGCAUUUUCCAUCUGUGGGUCACACUUAAUAGUUGUUUCCUUGUUCUAUGGGACAGGUUUUGGGGUAUACCUGAGUUCUGCAGCUACUCACUCCUCCCGGAAGAGUGCAAUAGUAUCAGUGAUGUAUACCGUGGUCACCCCCAUGAUGAACCCUUUUAUCUAUAGUCUGAGGAACAAGGACAUGAUGGGGGCUUUGAGGAAGCUCAUCUCUAGAAUAUCAGCUUCCCAUUAA